AUGUCUUCAAAAUUAUCUUCCCUAAUUGUUUCCAAGAAAUUUCUCUUCGUGUCUGUCGGAGUGAUUGUUUUGAUCUAUCUGGUCUCGUGGAUGAAUUUUAGAGCCAAAUUGUCCUCAUCAGUGCCAUCUUCAUCGCUUGAAGUUUCCUCUUCAUCAUCGGCAGGUAAACUUGAAAUGAUAAAUUCCGAUAACGAACGAGUAACAUCAUCAUCAUUAACGACCACCACGACCACUACCACUACCACCACUAAAGAACAACAUGAUGAAACUCCAUCCUCUACGACUCUUCCGACCUCCUUUAUCUAUGAUGAUAAUUUAAAAGGCUCAUCCAUUGAAUCUUUCAUUUCAUCACCCGUAUCAUUAAUUUAUAUUUAUGCUCCAUGGUGUGGACAUUGCAAAGCCUUUGCUCCGACCUUUGCAAAAUUAGUGGACAAAAUUAAGGAACAAUUUGGAGGAAGAAUAAAAGUAGCGAGAGUGAAUGGUCCCGAUAAUUAUGAAAGUGCAGUGGUCAAGUUGGGAGUGAGAGGAUAUCCUACAUUGGCCUUUUUUAGAAAUGGUGAGAUGAAGACGAAAUUGUUUUAUGAAGGGAAAAGAAAUGUGGAGGAUAUUGUUAAAUUUAUUGAAGAAAAGAUGUUCGUGGAGAAGAGUGUUUCUGCUGUGAAUUGA